UUGCAAUAAAAUAUCGUGACAGGAAAGAUAGUGUAAAAGAUAAAAAGAGGGAGCUGUAUUUUCAUUAUUUUUUCGAUAAUUUUGAGAAAUGCAGCACGAUGAGGUCAUUUGGUCCGUGAUUAACCAUGGCUUUUGUUCAUUUAAAGUGAAAACAGAGACGAACACUUUCUGUCGAAAUGAAUAUAAUGUGACGGGAUUGUGCAAUCGACAGUCGUGUCCUCUUGCUAACAGCAGAUAUGCAACUAUCAGAGAGGAAAAAGGUAUUUGUUAUCUCUACAUGAAAACCAUUGAACGAGCGCAUUCACCUGCCAAGUUGUGGGAGAAAAUCAAACUGAAUAAGAACUAUGAAAAAGCAUUGGAACAGAUAGAUACUAACUUAGUCUAUUGGCCUAAUUUUAUGAUUCAUAAAUGUAAGCAACGAUUCACUAAGAUCACACAGUACCUUAUAAGAAUGAGAAAACUACAGUUAAAGACAAGACCAAAACUUGUAACAAUAAACAAGAAAGUUGAAAGGCGUGAGAGAAAAAGAGAAUCAAAAGCAUUGGUUGCCGCUCAGCUGGAUAAAUCUAUUGAAAAAGAACUUUUGGAAAGAUUAAAGAAAGGAACGUAUGGAGACAUUUAUAAUUUUCCAAGUACUGCAUUUGAAAAAGUCAUGGAAGACCAGGAACAGGUUGAUGUUGAUGAAGAUGAGGAGGAAGAAACAGAGGAAGAGGAUAAAGUAAAGUAUAUAGCCGAUGAAGAUUUUGAAGAAAGCGAUUUGAGUGAUAUUGAAGAUUUCGAAGAAGAGGAGAAAGAAAAUGAACUGGAUGACACAGACAUUCUGAAAUCAUUUGGCAAGAAAGCAAAAGUUGAAAUAGAGUAUGAGAUGGAAGAAGAGCCAAGAAAACGAUUAAAAACAGCAUAAAUAAUUUUUUGAAUUUUUAUUGAGAUAGUUUUUUAGGAUCAAAGAUCUCUCUAUUUUCAGCAAAUCAACAGUAGUUUGGUGAUGAAAACAGGUCAACUGUUUCAUUGGAUCCUGACUCAUUCCAAGUUUUUCUUCUCAAGAGGAAAACAUGAAUCAGUUAUAAUUAGGUAUUAUAUUAGAUCCCAGUAAACUAGUUCUGUCCAUUGGUUCUAAA